GAGGAUCGGGAUAGAGUAGGGUCCUGUUACAUUCUUCGGCGCUAUAAUUAGGGGAGCGCUCAGCGGUGACGCAAGAUGGCUAAAGUGGGAUAUUCUGACUGACUGCAAGAAUUAGGCUCAGAGAUUUGGAUACAUGCUUCACGUCAUUUAUGCUGAGUGUGAUUCCCGUGAGUAUUUUUAACUGCCAUUCUCAUCCAGUGUUGUUACCGGGGCUGAAGAGUUUUUAUAAAAAGGGGUGGGUGCAAGUUUAAAAUGCAGCUCUACAGCAGUGCGUUGACACAUUUCCCUGGAUGUGCUUGUAAAGUUUCGAUUCCUAUAGCAACUGUUCUUGAUAACGCGCCUGUUGCUGGUAUUUCUGCUACUGCUAUUGCUACUAGUACUACUAAGAGUGUCACAGAAGACUGCGAGGAUCCAGUUAAAAACACCGCGUCUGUUGCAAACAUGCCUGCUUUUUCUUGUUAUGAAGCUGUUACUGGCUCAGCGAACAAGCCAAUCUGCUAUACAUCUACUGCACAGAUCACGAUUACCACCAGGCCCAUUGGAGUGGAAACGUUCGUGCCUGUACAGAUUAUAAAGGACUCCAGAAGUAGAACUGAACCCAAGUCGACUAAUUAUUUCCGAAGCUCCCCGAGCGCCCUUGUCCUGGAAAGGGAGAACUAUACACCAGAGACCGGGUGGCUGGAUGGUGUUAUUGAGAACAUGAAGAACAAAGUGGACGUGUUUGAGCAAUAUCAAAAGGUGCUAGAAAACAACAUGAUCAACACUGACAGGAUGCCAUAUUAUGUCAAAGUUUGUGAACCAACGGAUACUGGUUUGGAAAAAGAAUCCGGCUGUAAGCCUAACAGUACUACUGAAGCGCAAAAUGAUGCGGAGGCAGAGCCCAUACUUUUAAAAAAAAGAGAACGCCAAGUUUUGGAACCAGUACAAAGUAGACACGAAAGUUAUCAGGAUAGUUAUGAAGACAACAAGGAUAUUGACUCCGAAGCGCCUGAAGUUAAUAUCGCACAUUUAGCCAAGCAUGCUCCUGUCGCUGAAAAUAAAAUUGACAAAAAUGAAAAAAUCGUACAUUAUUUUGCUGAAGUGGAAAAACAAAACAAAUACCUCCACGAAAGGCAGAAGUAUAGGUUUCACAUCAUCCCAGAUGGUAACUGCUUGUACAGGGCUGUCAGUAAAGCAGUGUAUGGGGAACAGUCCAUGCACAAAGAUUUGAGGGAGCAAACCCUCCACCACAUAGCGGACCACUUGGAUGAGUAUAACCCGAUUAUUGAAGGCGAUGUCGGUGAAUUUUUGAUUAACGCUGCCCAGGAUGGAGCGUGGGCCGGCUAUCCAGAGCUGUUAGCAAUGAGCCAGAUGUUGAACGUUAACAUCCAUCUCACUACCGGGGGCAGCUUGGAAAGCCCCACCGUAUCCACGAUGGUGCAUUACCUGGGCGACGAGAAGCCCUCCAAGCAGAGCAUUUGGUUAAGCUGGCUCAGUAAUGGACACUAUGAUACGGUGUCCGAUCGACCUUUACCCAACCCCGAGUAUAAGAACUGGUGCAGACAGACCCAGGUGCAAAGGAACAGGGACGAAGAACUGGCAAAGUCGAUGGCUGCUUCUCUUUCCAAAAUGUACAUCGAACAGAACGGCAGUUCCUGAGGGAAAUAAAAUGAUUUUAAUCAGAAUAUGCACAACUGUAACCCUAUUGCAAUUUAUUUUACUGUAUCUGUUUCUGUAAAUAUUGCCUUAACUUAUUAUUCUUUUUUUCUAACUGAAUAUUUUCCAAAGCAAAGCUGCUGAAGGUUGCGGCGCCGCCUGCAGUAUAAUAUUAUUGGGACUUUCUUUCCUUCCAUUUUUAAAAAUGUUUUUUUAAAUAUAUGUAGAACUU